AUGGUAUUUGUUCGGUAUUUCAGCGAAGACCUUCAACCUUGUGAGGAAAUGCUGUUCACAGAGAAAUUACUACUUGAUUCAAGAGAUGCAACUAUUUUUCACACUCUUAAGUCUUUCCUUUUUGAACAGAAUAUCCCACUCAGUAAUAUUCUUGCCUGUGCAUCUAAUGGAGCCCCUUCGAUGAUAGGAAGAUACAGAGGUUUUUCAUCUCUCCUAAAGCGUGAAAUUUCCCACCAGAUAUUAACUGUUCAUUGCUUGGCACACCGGCAGCAUUUAGUGAGCGUAGAUUUCCCUUACAUCAGAAUUAGUUGUAAAAAUGCUGUUUCGGUGUUUGGUCAUAUUAAGACAAUGAUUUCUUACUCAGGAUUCCUCGACAAAUUAACGAAGAACAUUGCAAACUGA